UAAUUUUAUAAAAGUUUUCCGUUGUUUCGUUAAAUCAAAGUUAAAUUUAAGAAAAAUCUCCGAUAUUGUUUUUGUUAAGAUAUCAAAUUGUUAUUAUUAUUAUUAUUAUUAUUAUUAUUAUAUUUUUAUUUCUUCCGAGUCAGUUGCGCCAGUUAUUUUAUGCGCACUCGAAAGUAAACUAAAAGAAUUCCGUUAAAGCGAAAAUGAUGAAUUGUUUCAGUUCUUUAAGCGUGCCCACAUUGGGUGAAAUGGAACAAAUUAUAUGCAUGUUGGAAAGGGGUACCAUUGUAACUAAAUUGUAUAAUAAGCAAAGACGACCUGAACAGAGACGUCUAAUUUUGGUUCGCGAAACUCGCCAAUUAUUAUGGUCACCAGCUACUGCAAAUACGCGUAUAGAACAUGAAGGUUCUUUAGAGUUACGAGAAAUUAAGGAAAUACGGGUGGGAAAGAACUCCAAGGAAUUUCGAAAUUGCCCAGACGAGGCUAAACGGUUUGAACCUGGAAAAUGUUUCGUGGUCUUGCAUGGCAGCUCAUUUAAGUUGAAGACCUUCUCAGUUGUAGCCUUUUCGGAGCAAGAGGCAGAAAACUGGGUGAAGGGUUUACGUUAUAUGGUACAGGAUACAAUAAAUGCUCCAUAUCCAUUGCAGGUGGAACGCUGGUUAAGACGUGAGUAUUAUUCUAUAGAGAAUUCUAGCUGCCAAACAACCAAAGAGAACGGUCAGGUCACAAUCAAAGACUUUAAAGCAUUUUUGGCCAGUGUAAGCUGUAAAAUGACAACCUCAAAGUUAAUGGAUUGCUUCACUGAAGAUGAUAUUAGGCGGAAAAAUGAUUUGCGUUUUGAUGAUUUUGCUCGACUUUACCGUAAACUUUUACAACCACCCGGAUUUCUUGAAGACCUUGUCCACAAUUCGCCAAUUAGCGAAUUUGAUUAUUCUAAAGAUGGCCUUACGGUAAGUUUGAAGGAGUUUCAGCGUUUCCUUACGCAAGAGCAGCACGACGCCAUGGGACGCGAUGAUCAUACGGCCUCCAGUUUUAUACGUGAUUUCAUUGAAGAUAUAGAACGCGAUAUACGCGAACCUUAUUUUACGAUGGAAGAGUUUCUAGAUUAUCUUUUUUCCAAGCACAAUGACUUGUGGGAUAGAAAAUGCGAUCGUGUUUACAUGGAUAUGAAACAACCCAUGUCAGCAUAUUGGAUAGCUUCGUCACAUAACACUUACUUAACGGGCGAUCAAUUCUCAUCAGAAAGUUCUUGUGAAGCUUAUGUUCGCGCUUUACGUAUGGGUUGCAGAUGUAUAGAACUUGACUGUUGGAAUGGUCCAGAUAAUUUGCCAUAUAUUUUUCAUGGCCACACUAUAACAUCGAAAAUUAAAUUUAAAGAUGUCAUUAAAACGAUUAAAACACAUGCAUUUAUUACUUCGGAAUAUCCCGUGAUAUUAUCUAUUGAACAGAAUUGCUCGUUGGAACAACAACGUAAUAUGGCUCAAGCUCUUACCGAAGUAUUUGGCGAUAUGUUAUUGACACAACACUGUGAUCGAUCGGAAACGCAAUUACCCUCUCCCCAUCAACUAAGGCGUAAAGUUAUACUGAAACAUAAAAAAAUACCGGAGUUUGAAGACAAUGCUAGUAUAACGUCGAAUACGGCUACCUCGACCGUAAGCAUUGGAUCAAGCGGUAGCCGAGGUUCUAUCAGUGGUCCCAGUGAUGACCAAGAUAGCGUACGCAACAUAUUAAAGGAAGGCAUGAUGUAUUUUAAAGAUCCUGUUGAUAAAACUUGGAAUAUUUAUCAUUUUGUCUUAACUCAACAAGAGUUAAUUUAUUCUUCGGAAAUAGAUGAAAAUCGUUCCGCAGCCGGUGAUGAUGAUGACAACGUCGUACAACGCAAUUCCUGUAAUGCAUUAAUACCAAAAGGUAAAGAGAAUUUGGUUAACGACGAACUUCAUUUUGGGGAGAAUUGGUUUCAUGGUAAAUUGGAAGGUGGCCGCCAUGAAGCCGAUCAAUUAUUAGAAGCUUAUAAACAUCUAGGGGAUGGAACAUUUUUGGUAAGAGAAUCAGCAACAUUUGUGGGUGACUAUAGCCUAUCAUUUUGGCGGCGCAAUCGUCCCAAUCAUUGCCGUAUCAAACUGAAGCAUGAAAAUGGCUCAACAAAAUAUUAUUUGGUGGAUAAUUUUGUGUUUGAUUCUUUAUAUUCUUUAAUUGUAUACUAUCGUAAAAAUAUGCUACGUGGCUCAGAAUUUUCUAUUAUUCUCAAGGAACCUGUGCCGCAACCGAAAAAGCAUGAAUCACAAGAAUGGUUUCAUCCACAUACCACUAAAGAACAAGCCGAACAAGUUCUAAUUAAAUUAGACGUAGGCUCUUUCUUGGUAAGGCCGUCAGUUCAAAAUACAGAUGCUUUCGUCAUUUCAUUUACUAUAAAUCGUAAAAUUAAACAUUGCCGAAUUUUACAAGAAGGCCGUUUGUUUGUGGUGGACGCUAAUCAAUUUGAGUCUUUAAUAUUGCUUGUUAAAUAUUAUAUGCGUAAUCCGUUAUAUCGCAACGUAAAACUUAUAUAUCCAGUGUCUCAAGAGAUAUUAAAACAAAAGCUUUCAGCUUGUCAAGUGUCAUUAGAUCAUACUGGUAACAAUGGGGAUUUCAAUGAUGCGUCCAGUUAUAUGGAUCCUAGUUUAGAGGAUCGCGUCACUUGUAAGGCUUUAUAUAGUUAUAAAGCUGAAAAUCCAGAUGAAUUAUCAUUUCCCAAACACGCGAUUAUUACUAAUGUGCAGCGUAAUAACACUAUGUGGUGGAAAGGCGAUUACGGUGGCAUGAAACAGCGUCAUUUACCGGCCAAUUAUGUGAAGAUUAUUGACUCAUCGGGCGACGAUUAUAAUAGUUUUACUGAUGACUUUAAUUCGGAGCAAUUUUCUCGCACUGAUUCUAUUGAGAUUCACGGAGCAGUGGCAUCAUUAUUUGAAUCCAACGAACCGGGUAUAGGAUUAAUGUUACAAAUCCAAACACCUACCAUGCAGAAUACUUUCGUAAUAGGUUUCGAUAAGGAGGAACUUGCAUUCGAAUGGGUUCAAGCUAUACAAGACGCGGCUGUAAUUGCCAAUCAAUUGGACUCUGAAAGGCGCAAAAAAGAGCGCUCCGCUCGUGUGGCCAAAGAAAUGUCCGACUUAAUUAUAUACUUUCGCAGUGUUCCAUUUCGGGAACAUUCAUGGGUUUUCUAUGAAAUGUCUAGCUUUCCUGAAACUAAAGCGGAAAAACAAUUUUUACAACAAAACACCGCACUUUUCUUGGCCUAUCAUCGUAAUCAAAUUACUCGGGUUUAUCCCAAGGGUCAACGUCUGGAUUCUUCCAAUUUUAAUCCAGUUCCGUUUUGGAAUGUAGGCUCACAAAUGAUUGCUUUAAACUAUCAGACAGGUGAUAAGGCCAUGCAAUUAAAUCAAGCGAAAUUUCGUGAUAAUGGUCAAUGCGGUUACCUUUUGAAGCCGAAAUUUAUGCAAACCGAUGGCUUCGAUCCAAAUAAUCCGGCAACAAUUAGUCUUUUAGAAGCCAAAAUAGUUACUAUACGUAUUAUAGCAGCUCGGCACUUAUUUCGUUGCGGUAAAUGCAGCAAUCCUCUUGUCGUGGUCGAGGUUACUGGCGCCAAUUUUGAUACAGGUGUAAAACAUCGUACAAAAGCAUCUGAGAACGGUUUCAAUCCCAUAUGGAAUGAGACCUGCGAAUUCUCUAUACGGAAUCCGUAUUUCGCUCUUUUGCGUUUCGAAGUUCAAGAUGAAGACAUUUUCGCCGAAACACAUUUUAUCGCACAGGCGUGCUAUGCAUUAAACUGUUUACGUUCAGGGUAUCGUAGUGUUAUUUUGCGUAACAAAUUCAGCGAAGAAUACGAAUUAGCUUCACUGCUUAUCCAUAUUGAUAUAAAACAGAUACCGCCUAAUGAAACACCAGCAGUUUUAAAUUUUUAGAAAAAUUUCAUAUAAAUAUUAAAAAAAGGAGAAGACUAAAAAAAUUUGACAAAAAAAAAGAGAAAGCUUUAAUAAUCCAUAUACGUAUAUAUUGUUUCUAUUUCAUAUUGCUUCCAAAUUUACAAACUCUUAUAAGCAUAUCUUAAUAACACUUACCUAUAAUAUGAAGACUUAUUGUUGUGCGUUUGAAAUUGUAAAUGUAGGUU